AUGGGAGGCGCAGCGGUGGACAUGGGACCAGGAGGAGUGAAGGCUCCAGAUGGAGGGUGGGGCUGGGCGGUGCUGACCGGCUGUUUUGUCAUCACUGGCUUCUCUUACGCUUUUCCAAAGGCGAUCAGUGUCUUUUUCAAAGAGUUGACCCGGGAGUUUGGGGUGGGAUACAGUGACACCGCUUGGAUCUCCUCUAUACUGCUGGCUAUGCUUUAUGGCACAGGUCCUCUAUGCAGUGUGCUGGUGAACCGCUUCGGCUGUCGGCCAGUGAUGAUGGUGGGGGGCAUCUUUGCCUCUCUGGGAAUGAUCCUUGCUUCCUUCUCCACCAGCAUCAUCCACAUCUACCUCACUACAGGGGUUAUUACAGGUCUGGGUUUAGCCUUGAACUUCCAGCCAUCUUUGAUCAUGCUGAACCGCUACUUCAGUGAGAAGCGUCCUCUGGCCAAUGGACUGUCAGCAGCAGGAAGCCCUGUGGCGCUUUGCUGCCUGUCACCACUGGGCCAGGUCCUCCAGUAUAACUAUGGAUGGAGGGGGGGCUUCCUCAUCCUGGGUGGCAUUCUUCUCAAUUGCUGUGUGUGUGCGGCCCUGAUGAAGCCUCUGGUCGCCCCCAAGAGCCUCCAGGCCAACGGCAAGGCGCAGGACGAGGAGGAGGGAGCAGAGAGUGUAGAGAAGAAGAAGAAGCCCAAAGCCAAACUACUGGAUUUCUCUGUCUUCAAAGACACUGGUUUUGUCAUCUACGCUGUAGCGGCAUCCAUCAUGGUGCUGGGGCUGUUUGUACCUCCAGUGUUUAUUGUGAGCUACGCUAAGGAGCUGGGGAAUGAGGACACCAAAUCAGCUCUGCUGCUCUCUAUCCUGGGCUUCAUUGACAUUUUUGCUCGGCCCACAUGUGGAGUGAUUGCAGGACUGAAAUGGGUUCGGCCUUGUUGUGUCUACCUCUUCAGCUUUGCGAUGCUUUUCAAUGGAAUCACUGACCUGAUUGGGUCACAGGCCAAGGACUAUACAACUCUGGUGGUCUUCUGCAUCUUUUUUGGCCUUUCCUAUGGCAUGGUGGGGGCCCUGCAGUUUGAAGUCCUCAUGGCAAUAGUUGGUACUCAGAAGUUCUCCAGUGCACUUGGCCUGGUGCUGCUCAUGGAGGCUGUUGCCGUGCUGGUGGGGCCACCUGGUGCAGGCCGCCUUCUCGAUGCUACCAAGAACUACAUGUAUAUUUUCCUGCUGGCAGGAAGUGAGGUGGUCCUCUCAGCUGUUGUUCUGGGUACUUGUACCUACUUCUGUAUUAGAAAGAAAAAGUCUUCAGCACCAGCGCACAGCCUGGAGGACGGCACAGCGAUGGGUGAUGCCAAGACAGAGUUCAACGAUGAAGAGGAGAAAGGAGCAAGAGAGGAACGGGAGAUGGAGACUAUGAAGAAGGCGGAAAGGGAAUUAAAGGAAGAGGAGGAGGAAGAGGAUGAGAAUGAGCCCGGCAGCGCAACAGUUGACUCACAGGAAGUGGAAAAGUUCCUGAAAGAGCCAGACCAUAAGGGUGACACGGUCGUCACUCCUGAAACAUGCCUGUGAGCAGGGAUAGAGUUUGUUGGACAGAAUUAUACUUGCAGGCACUUUUUUGGUUUUCUUUGGAUUUCUCAAAAUAUUCCAACAGGAGGAUGAGGUGAAUUUUGAGGUGUUCCCAUGAGCUUUCCUGUCAUAAUGUGUUCAUGUGUUGAUGUUUGUGGUUUGCAGUGGUGUAAUCAGUAUCACUGCCACUGGAAAUGUAAGAGUUGCUGUAUGUGAACCUUUUAUCACUAGAUGUUUUGGGGUCUGGUGGUUUAUACUAGAUAAUAGAUAAGCUGAGUGAUAUCAAUGCCUUGUGUAUAUAUAGUUUAUUUCAUGAGUCCAAAGUUUUAUUUUGAUGUAGCAACCAGCAAAUAAAGGUUGGCAAUAUUCUGUAUUCUUAGUGUGUCAGCUAAUGCCAUGGAAGGGCCAGAUGGAAACAAGCUUUUAGAUAUAUUUGGUGCAAUAAUUGUAUGAUGAAUUGUCCUUACCAAAGUAAAACCAUUAAUGUUUCUCACUAAAGGCCUGGUCACAUCAAAAAGGGGCAAGGUUGAGCUCA